CACAGCACGCAAACACGUUCGCAUUACUCUCUCUCGAACUCGAUUGUUGCUGCUCUCGUUCUAGCAACACUCUCGCUGCUUUUUUUGGGUGCCAACUAUCUCUGUCGGUUGUGUCACUGCCUCUGCUCUGUUGUUGCUGUCUCCGUCUGACCACCGUGUCGCAUUCGUUUUGUUUGUGUUGUAUUUAAAAGGGCCGCCGAGAAGUAAGCAGCAAGCAGCGCGGACACGCGAUAGUCGUAACAAAACAACAGCAAAUUAUCGUUUGCAUUCGAAUUUAGACAACAAAAAAAGCAACAAACACUAUUUAUAUUAAUUAUAAUUAAAGUGCAGUAGCAACAAUAUAAUUUGCAGUGCGGAGUAUAUAUACAAACAAAAUAGAAAACAUCGACAACAACCAGCCAAAACACAAGCUGAUUCUACAAACACAACACAAAGCAAGCGAUUAAAAUUAAAUCUCGUUCAACACGCAAAUUGAAAGUGCAAUAAGAAGAAGAAGACGACGAAGAAAACGUCAAAUGCGGUUGAAAGUUCAAGUUGAUGCAAUAAGUGUUUGAAAACGGAAAUAGAGCUAAAAAUAAAAUCAACAUUUCAAUACCUAUAUAUAUAUAUCGAUAAAAAUAUAUAUAUUUACAACUCUUCGAAUUCGGAGGAGCUUGGAAAAUCGCGCGCGAGUUUAAUCAACAUUUUUAGCAAUCAAUUUUUGUCUCCCCCCUCUCACCCGAAAUACAAGUUUUGUGGAGUUUCGUGUCAGGUGCAUAAAUUCUGUGUUACGUUCUGCGUUCUCAAGUGAAAGUCACACAGCAAAAGCGACAAACACCCUCACACACACUCAAACACAAGCUAACAUACAUAUAUUGACACACACUCACACACAUACACAUCGACAGACACACACACACGCCCGUGAGUGUGCAUCGCAUCAGAUUGCUAGUUGUCCACUAAACUAAAUUGUGAAUUGUGCAAAUAGGCUGCGGCCAGAAAGUAAACGUCAAGAUUCUAUCGAAAAAAACACUGCUCAGCACGACGGAGGCUUCGUUCAACUAUAACACGGCGACCACAAUGCCCUAUAACGGUGCUAGCAACGGCAGCGGUGGAGUCGGCGGUGCCGUAGCAGGCAGCAGCGUAAGCGGUGGCGGGGCCACCAUCGUCGUCAGCGAGGGACCCCAGAAUAAAAAGAUACGCACAGGCGUGCAGGCUGGAGAUAACGACGUCACCAUGCAUUCACGGUCCACACAAAAUCAGAGUCAGCAGCAAGCACUACUGAACAAGUCAAACGACGACCUAAGGAGAAAGCGUCCUGAGACUACACGGCCAAAUCACAUUCUACUCUUCACUAUCAUAAAUCCUUUCUAUCCCAUCACAGUUGAUGUCUUGCAUAAAAUUUGCAAUCCACAUGGCCAAGUGCUGCGCAUUGUCAUCUUCAAAAAGAACGGCGUUCAGGCCAUGGUUGAAUUUGAUAGCCUCGAUGCGGCUACACGUGCACGCGAGAAUCUCAAUGGAGCCGACAUCUAUGCCGGAUGCUGCACUCUUAAAAUUGAUUUUGCCAAGCCGGAGAAAUUGAAUGUUUAUAAGAAUGAGACAGACACCAGCUGGGACUAUACCCUGAGCACAGGUGAGAUUCAACCAAUUGCAACAAUCCAAACACAACAUCGCAACAACCACCACCACCACCACCACAACAACCACCACCACCAACAACAACACCACCACCAACAACAACAUCAUCACCAACAACAACAACAACACCAUCAACAACAACUUGUUGCCCCAGCUCAAACGCACAAUCUUGUUCCAUUUAAAGAGCCUCCACUAUUGGGACCAGGCACCGCCUUCCCACCAUUCGGGGCACCCGAAUACCAUCCCACCCAGCCGGACAACUGGAAGGGCGCCGCCAUCCAUCCAACUGGCCUCAUGAAGGAGCCCACCGGUGUCGUCGCCGGACGCAAUGCGCCAGUGGCCUUCGCCCAGCAGGGCCAGGCACAGGGCGCUGUCAUGAUGGUCUAUGGCAUGGACCAUGACACUUCCAACACAGAUAAGCUCUUCAAUUUGGUCUGCCUCUAUGGCAAUGUUGCCCGGAUCAAGUUCUUGAAGACAAAGGAGGGCACCGCCAUGGUACAAAUGGGCGAUUCGGUUGCCGUCGAGCGUUGCGUUCAGCACUUGAAUAACAUUCCCGUUGGCACUGGCGGCAAAAUACAGAUUGCAUUCUCAAAGCAGAACUUCCUAUCGGAGGUGAUCAAUCCAUUCUUGCUGCCGGAUCAUACACCCAGCUUCAAGGAGUACACUGGCUCCAAAAACAAUCGUUUCCUAUCACCGGCACAGGCCAGCAAGAAUCGCAUUCAACCACCGAGCAAAAUCUUGCACUUUUUCAACACACCGCCCGGUCUCACCGAAGACCAGCUCAUUGGCAUAUUCAACAUUAAGGAGGUGCCAGCCACAUCCGUGCGUCUCUUCCCCUUGAAGACAGAGCGCUCCUCCUCGGGGCUGAUCGAAUUCCCCAACAUCUCGCAGGCCGUGCUCGCCAUCAUGAAGUGCAACCAUCUGCCUAUUGAGGGUAAAGGCACUAAAUUCCCUUUCAUCAUGAAGCUGUGCUUCUCCUCGUCGAAGAGCAUGAACGGGGCCUGGAACAAUGCGGCCAACGAGGGCAUGAUCGAGAAGGAGAAUGACGGCGAUGUCAAGGUGGAGAUUUACAAUUGAGAUUUGAUUACCAUUGUGUAAGCAGCCAACAACAACCAGCUAAACGACACAACAAACUACAACAGCUACAACAACCAACAAACAACAACCAACACAAACAAACAAUACAGGAGGCGUAUAAUUGAUUAUGGAGCAUAUUGGAGCGCGACGGGAACAGAAGCAGAUCCCCACACUUCGGCAGCAACAACAACAACAACAAUAUGAAUAUUGAACACAUAAUUCUAUAUAUAUAUAUCUAUAUACAAAUAUCUUGAUGGAACGAACAACUAAACUGUGGUAGUCAAGAAAAACAAGAAACAGCAACAGAUCUGAUUGCAUAUGCAUAUGCUUAAAUUGAAUAAUUGACAACCAAACUGACACACAUAUAUAUACACACAAACACACACACACACUAACUUUAAACUUAAACUAAUACGAAAAUAUAUUUAUAAAUAUAUUAAAUAAAGAAAUCUUUACACAAUUCGCAAACGCAUGUAACUUUUCAACGCGCCAUUUACUUGUAUUUAAAAGGAAUUAAGUCUAAAUCGAAUCACAAUUAAACAUAAUCCCAACACAUUCAUCUACAAAAUGGCGUCGUUCAAAAGCAACACACAUACCCGCUCGCUCCCUCACACACUCUCACAAACACACACACACACACACACACACUGUCACACAUUUAAACUUAAGCACUUUUUACAUGCGUUUGCGUCCCCAAACAAGGAAAUGUUAUUAAAAUUGUGAAAGAAUAGCAAAAAA